GACUCUUCUCGCCCAUUGCUCACUGCCGCCUCCUCCUCCUCCUCUGCUCCUUCACUUUCACACCUGUGAACCGUCGUGUCCCUGUCCCGAGGAGGCCAGAUGGACUCCGCUUCUCCCUCCUCCUGGACGCCACUAGCUUAAGCCGAGCACCCAGCGCAUUAAGUUCUGGCCUUUUCUAGUGUCGAGACCCAACAGAGAUCUCUCAUUUUCUGGGUCUCUUUCCCUUUCUCUCAUUUCUUUCUCUUUCUCUUGUUUCUCUUGCGGGCAUUGGGUGGCUGAAAGAGGGGAGAGAGCUUUGGGGGCGUGUGGGAGAUGGCAAUGGCGGGUGGCUCGGUGUCCAGGGUGGUUUGGCUCGUCGGGCUUGUCUGGGUGCUGGGUCUUGAGCUGAUCCAGUGCAGCGUGAGCUAUGACAGGAAGGCGCUUGUGAUUGAUGGGCAGAGGAGGAUUCUCUUCUCUGGUUCUAUACAUUACCCCAGAAGCACUCCCGAUAUGUGGGAAGAUCUUAUACAGAAGGCUAAAGAUGGAGGCUUAGAUGUGGUCGAAACGUAUGUCUUCUGGAAUGUCCACGAGCCCUCUCCUGGCAAUUACAACUUUGAAGGAAGAUACGAUCUGGUGAGGUUCAUAAAGACCAUUCAGAAAGCAGGGCUCUAUGCUCAUCUGAGGAUUGGGCCUUAUGUUUGUGCAGAAUGGAAUUUUGGUGGGUUUCCUGUUUGGCUCAAGUACGUGCCUGGAAUCAGCUUCAGAACAGACAACGAGCCUUUCAAGAGGGCAAUGGAAGGGUUCACUAAGAAGAUUGUCAACUUGAUGAAGAGCGAAAAUCUGUUUGAGUCACAGGGUGGCCCCAUCAUUCUCAAUCAGAUUGAGAAUGAAUAUGGAGCGGAGAGCAAAUUGCUUGGGGCCGCUGGUCACAACUAUGUAACUUGGGCCGCCGAUAUGGCUGUCAAAUUGGGAACCGGGGUUCCGUGGGUCAUGUGCAAGGAAGAAGAUGCCCCAGAUCCAGUGAUAAACACAUGCAAUGGCUUUUACUGUGAUGCGUUUACUCCAAAUAAGGACUAUAAACCCACAAUCUGGACAGAGGCGUGGAGUGGUUGGUUUACAGAAUUUGGAGGCACACAUCACGAGCGGCCAGUUCAGGACUUGGCAUUUGCCAUUGCUCGAUUCAUCCAAAAAGGAGGAUCCUUCAUCAACUAUUACAUGUAUCAUGGAGGCACAAACUUUGGGCGCACUGCUGGAGGCCCUUUCAUCACUACCAGCUAUGACUACGAUGCUCCAAUAGAUGAAUAUGGUCUGAUUAGGCAACCAAAGUAUGGUCACCUCAAAGAGCUACAUAGGGCUGUUAAGAUGUGUGAACGAGCAUUAGUGUCGGCUGAUCCAAUGGUUACAUCUCUAGGAGCCUAUCAACAGGCUCAUGUAUACACCACUGAAUCUGGAGAUUGUUCUGCUUUUCUUGCAAAUUAUGAUACAAAAUCUUCUACCAGAGUGAUGUUCAACAACAUGCAUUACAAUUUGCCUCCUUGGUCCAUCAGCAUCCUUCCUGAUUGCAGGAAUGUAGUUUUUAAUACUGCAAAGGUUGGUGUUCAAACCUCACAAAUGGAAAUGCUACCAGUUAAUAGUGAGAUGCUUUCAUGGGAGAGUUACGAUGAGGAUAUCUCUUCCCUGGAUGACAGUUCAACCUUCACAACUGACGGUCUCUUGGAGCAGAUCAAUGUAACUAGGGAUACUAGUGAUUACUUGUGGUACAUAACUAGUGUUGGCAUUGGCUCUUCUGAGUCCUUCCUACAAGGAGGAGAACUGCCCACUCUUAUUGUUCAAUCAACAGGACAUGCCGUGCAUGUCUUUAUCAAUGGUCAGCUUUCAGGUUCUGCUUUUGGGACAAGACAGAAUAGGAGAUUCACAUAUUCUGGCAAGGUUAAUCUACGUGCAGGCACAAACAGAAUAGCACUCUUGAGUGUCGCUGUUGGAUUGCCAAAUGUCGGUGGACACUACGAAACAUGGAACACUGGCAUCCUUGGACCAGUUGCAUUGCACGGGCUUGAUCAAGGAAAGUGGGACUUGUCCUGGCAGAAAUGGACCUACCAGGUCGGGCUUAAAGGAGAGGCUAUGAAUCUUAACUCUCCCAACAGCAUCUCCUCAGUUGAUUGGAUGGAUGCGUCAUUAAUUGCACAAAGACAACAGCCACUGACCUGGCAUAAGGCUUAUUUCAAUGCCCCACAAGGUGAUGAGCCAUUGGCCAUAGACAUGAGUGGUAUGGGGAAAGGUCAAAUAUGGAUAAAUGGACAGAGCAUUGGAAGAUAUUGGACUGCAUAUGCCACUGGUGAUUGUAAUGGAUGUAAUUAUGCUGGCACAUUUAGGCCUCCCAAAUGUCAGCUUGGUUGUGGACAACCAACCCAGCGAUGGUACCACGUGCCACGAUCUUGGUUGAAGCCAACGCAGAAUCUCUUAGUUAUCUUUGAGGAACUUGGAGGUAAUCCAUCCAAGAUUUCUCUGGUGAAGAGAUCGAUGACCAGUGUCUGUGCGGAUGUGACCGAAUUCCACCCAACUCUUAAGAAUUGGCAUAUUGAGAGCUACGGAAAAUCGGAAGAGUUCCACAACCCAAAAGUUCACCUGCGGUGCAGUCCAGGUCAAUCAAUAAGUUCAAUCAAGUUUGCGAGCUUUGGAACUCCGCUUGGCACUUGUGGCAGCUACCAGCAAGGAGCUUGCCAUGCUCAGAGCUCAUACGACAUCUUAGAGAAGAAGUGCAUCGGAAAGGAGAGAUGCUCGGUGACGAUAUCUAACAGCAACUUUGGGCGAGACCCAUGUCCGAAUGUGUUGAAGAGAUUGUCUGUCGAAGCUGUUUGCACUCCCACGGAAUGGAGGGGCUAAUUAGAUACCAAGACAGAAUCACGUCUCCUCACUUAACCAUACACUGCCAGCAAGACAAACAAGAAAAAAGAAUAAAAGGGGUGCCAGAGUCUGUUGUAGGCUUAAGUUAUGAGGUAAAUUAACUAGUGUGUAAAUUAGUGAUUGGUAGAUGAUAGGUGAAAUUGUGAGUUCCUUGGGGUUCUGCAAUUCGGGGCCCUUAGGCGAAUUCUUUCCCGGUCCCCGGGCUUUUAACCGGACACGCCACUGGGAAAAUGAGUUCAUUUGUAGUUGUGUGAGUCCAUUUCAUUUUCUGUAUUGGCUGGGGACGAAAAAUGAGGACCCAGUUAAGAGGUUCAUGUUGGGAGUGGAUCCUGGUGUGACCAUUUGCUGUUGUUACCCUUGUGCAGUUCCUGAUGAAUUGUUAAGCUUUUCGGCAUUCUGAAUUCUUGGCUUCAA